ACAUCACUGAGAUUCCUUCAAAGCCAAAAACCCUUGUGUUUCUUGGCCCCUGAAUUUGUUAUAUGAUCAGGGCUCCAUCUCUUCAAAGCUUCCAGAAGAAGAACAGUACUGCAAAUUAACUAAUAGAGUACAGAGAUAUGAAGAAGAGCAAUACAAAUAUUAUUAUUCCACCAUUCUUCUUCUUCUUCACCACCGUUGCAAUCCUUUUCAUGGUGCUUGCAGUUGCUCACUCUCUCAGGCCUCACCAUUAUAGUUCAAGCACCUUCAACGGAAAAGCUACUCAGAGAGGAGAUGCUCUUGAAAAUCCCAUGCAGUACUCCGAGAUUAAUGGGGGUGGAUUAAAGGAAGAGCUGGGAAUGGAACUGUACCCAACCGGGUCGAGCUUGCCAGAUUGCUCGCACGCAUGCGGUUCCUGCUUUCCGUGCAAGAGGGUGAUGGUGAGCUUCAAGUGCUCCACGGAGUCUUGCCCCAUUGUUUACAGAUGCAUGUGCAAAGGCAAAUACUACCAUGUCCCUUCCAACUGAUCACUUAAGACUUAAAUAUUUAAUUUCUGGCUUCUGGCUUCUGAUGAAACUUAUUAACUAUAUAUUGUUGUCGAUUAUGGAUUGUGGGAAGCUUAAUUAAUUUUGUAUGUAGUAAGUAUGACAGCUAGGCAGAAUUUUGGGGAAGCUUUGCAAUGGCCAUCGUGUCUAUGUGGAGGACUAUGGUCCUUUGGGUUAGAGGCUUACCCCUUUUAACAGUAUUUCAGACCUUUGUUUUGUUGGCUGUUCAUGCCUAGUCCUCCUCAAUCCAUCCAUAGCAAGAGCUCGUUUAUGUAA